CUUCAUCGUCUUUAGAUCUGGGUGUUUUGCGCUGCAAUGGGAAAUGGUAACUCCAAAAGAACAUUUCCUUUUUCUCCAAGGACCAGCAUGAAGGACAACCAUGCAAGUCCAAGACAAGAAGGCUUUAAGCAAAGGCCCAAAACGUUUGAACUGUCACUGGGUGAAGAAACCAGUGGUGGUAUCAAUACUGAAGAAAUUCACAGCAGUGACGAAGAUGCUGGGGAUGUUUUUUACAGGUUUGUGGUUCUUCAUGCUGAGGAAGAUGUCGAGGAAGCUGUUAGAGUCCAGGACUUGCUACAGAAUGAAUUCUGCAUUAAACCAGGAAUAAUAUUUGCAGAAAUGCCUGGUGGGAGGCAUCUGUUUGAAAAUUUAAACGAUGCAAUGAAUGGGUCUGCUUGGAUAAUCAUCUUGCUGACCGAAAACUUCUUAAGUGAGCUUUGGUGCGAGUUCCAGUUCUGCACGUGUCUGUUCAGUGCAUUGACCCUACCACACAAAGGAUACACCGUCAUCCCAAUGAGGCCACGGAAUAACCCACUCCCAAGGGAGAGGACUCCGUUCAUUCUCCAGACCAUUAACACACUACAGGAAGAUAGCCCUGGAUUUGCCCAGCAAGUGAAGAACAUUUUCCAGGAUUCAAGAUAUAGGCAACAGCAAGCCAUAUGGCAGUAUGAAAAGAAGAAGGAAGAGGUGCAAAAACUGCUCGAGUGGCAAACCUAUUAAAGCAAUUUCUGUGAAAACCCCGUACACCCCAAAGAACUGCUUUUUUUUUUCAAAUGAUCCCCACUGAGUGUUAAAUCAUCCUAACACUUUACUGUGUCUCAUGGCAGAAAAAUGCUCUCUAGCUGUAAGAACUGACUUCAUGGAAGCUUUGCAGAGAGGCUUCAUAGAUCAGGGGUUACAG